AUGCAGAGCUUCGGCAAUCUGACCCUACUGACGCAGCCGCUCAACACGGCAGUGAGCAAUGGUCCCUAUAAGGAUUGGACCAACGACAAGGGUCAGUCAGUGAAAGGCAAGCGCACCGCCUUGCAGGAUCAUUCGCUGCUGGUCAUGAACCGCGAAAUCACAACCCAGGAAACCUGGGAUGAGGCCACAAUCGCCGCGCGCGGAGAGAGCCUGUUCGCGUUGGCAAAGACAAUCUGGAAGUUGCCUGUGGCAAGCGUCUUGCACCCGGACAUCCGUUGGUAUCCGGGUGACGAAAUGCUGGGCAGCAUGGGCUAUGCCAUGCUGCUGCCGCCGCUCGUCUACAAGGUCGAGCGGGCUCGUGACCCUUACGCGCUGAUGAAGUUCGACUCCUCCGGUCGCGUGUCGAAGGGCAUGUUCGCCGAGGACUGGACCCGGUACGUGAUAAAACUGGCCACCGGCGCCGGCAAGACCAAGGUUAUGAGCCUUCUCAUGGCCUGGUCCUAUUUUCACAAGCUGUACGAGCCAGACUCCGACCUUUCGACGAACUUUCUGUUGAUCGCGCCGAACAUCAUCGUGCUUGACCGGCUGCGCACCGACUUCGAUGGCGCGCGGAUUUUCUACGAAGAUCCGCUGCUUCCCGACAACGGCUACGAAGGCCAGAACUGGCAGGACGACUUCCAGAUAAACGUCCACAUCCAGGACGAGAUCGGGUUGGUCGAGCCGCAGGGUAAUCUCUUCCUGACGAACAUCCACCGUGUGUACGAGACCGGUUCCGAGCCGGCCUUCGAGGACGAGAAUGCCACCGACUAUUUCCUAGGGAAGAAGCCUGUCGGCAAGACGACAGCCAGCCAGGUCGAUCUCGGCGUGAUCGUGCGCGAGGUGCCCGACCUCGUGGUGCUGAACGACGAAGCACACCAUCUGCAUGACGCCCAGAGUGCUUGGUUCAAAUCCAUUGAGGACAUUGCGCUUCGUCUUCGGCAGAAGGGGGCGGAGCUGUCCGCGCAGUUCGACCUUUCGGCAACGCCGAAGCAUAACAACGGCGCGAUUUUUGUGCAGACG